GCAGGCUUGUCUGGACCGCUCGUCUCCGGUAUCGGGUUGCUGUGGGCUGGUGUUGGGGGUGGAGAGAACCGUCCCUACACAGGCGGUUUACAGGGCUGUCCCAGACACGGUGGAAGGGGGCGGGCCAGUGCGCGCGCGCGAGGGACGGAGCGGCGCAGCGGGCUGUCGGCUGGUGACGAGGGCAUUCAUCUUCUGGCCUCGUGGACGACUGCUUCAACCACACGCACAUGCGCGCGCGCGUUAAUGGUAACUUCAAGGGCGGCGUAAUGGCAGGAUAACACAACUGCGCUCGAGUGCAUUCACACGCGUCGGACGGCCCGCAGGAACUCCCUCCACCCCGACGGCCCCGCUCCUUCUCGGCAACCUGGCCGUCCGAUGAACGGUGGGGCGGUGCCAUGGCUUCUGCUCCACCCGAAGCGAGGAAGUUCACCCGGGGGCUCAACAAGCCGGGCACCGCCGCGGAGCUGAGGCAGAGCGUCUCCGAAGCGGUCCGGACGUCAGUGUUGAUGGUAAAACCGAAGGUCAUCGAGCCUCUGGACUAUGAGAGCGUGAUUCUGCAGAGGAAGACCCAGAUCAUCAGCGAUGUUAUGCGGGACAUGCUCCAGUUCCCCAUGGACGACUUCCAGAUCUCCACCCUGCGGCGCCAGGGCAGGACGCUGUUCUCCACCGUGCCAGAGACUGCAGAGAAAGAAGCUCACUCGCUGUUUGUCCAAGAGUGCAUCAAGACCUACAAGUCCGACUGGCUCGUUGUCAACUACAAGUACGAGGAGUAUUCUGGAGACUUCCGCCAGCUCCCAAAUAAGGUGUUGAGACCAGAGAAGCUGGCAGCUCACCUGUUUGAGGUGGAUGAAGACGUGGAGAAAGACGAGGACACAGCUUCCCUGGGCUCUCAGAAGGGAGGAGUCUCUAAACAUGGUUGGCUGUACAAGGGAAACAUGAACAGUGCAAUCAGUGUUACGAUGCGGUCCUUCAAGAGGAGGUACUUCCAUCUGGCCCAGCUGGGAGAUGGAUCCUACAACCUCAACUUCUACAAGGACGAGAACACCUCCAAGGAACCCAAAGGAACCAUCUUCCUCGACUCAUGCAUGGGCGUUGUUCAGAACAUCAAAGUGCGCCGGUUCGCUUUUGAGCUGAAGAUGCAGGACAAGAGCACCUUUCUUCUGGCCGCGGACAGCGAAGCGGAGAUGGAGGAGUGGAUCGGCACCCUCAACAAGAUCCUCCACAGCGGCUUUGAGCAGGCCGUGCAGGAGAAGAGGAACGGAGACCUGCACGACGACGAGGAGCACGGAAAAACCGACCUCUCUUCUGGAAGUUUCCAGGACAGCUUUCAGACCGCCAGAGAUAUUGAGUGCAAACGGAGGAGUGAAGCUCGCCUGAAGCUCUUCACUCUGGACCCUGACACACAGAAACUGGACUUAUCUGGCAUUGAGCCGGACGUGCGUCAGUUUGAAGAGAAGUUCGGGAAGAGAGUCCUGGUCAGUUGCCAGGACCUGUCUUUCAACCUGCAGGGCUGCGUCGCCGAGAACGAAGAGGGGCCGACCACUAAUGUGGAGCCUUUCUACGUGGUCCUGUCCCUCUUCGACGUCCAGAACGGCAGAAAGAUCUCGGCCGACUUCCACGUGGAUCUUAACCACCCUUUGGUGCGACAAAUGACAUCAGGCUCCGGUCACAAGCAGGAGUGUCACAUCAACGGCGGUGGCGUCGGCGAUGGCGACGACGACGGGCCCCUGGCUGGACGACGGCAGGCCAGUGGGCUCCCGGCGGACGCCCUCCAGUACCCCAGACACGGGGUCUUCUCAGUCACGUGCCCACAUCCAGAGAUCUUCCUGGUGGCCAGGAUGGAGAAGGUCCUGCAGGGGGGGAUCACCCACUGCACAGAACCCUACAUGAAGAGCUCAGACUCCGCCAAGAUUGGUCAGAAGGUGCUGAAGAAUGCCAAGAUGGCCUGCAGCAGACUAGGACAGUACAGGAUGCCUUUCGCCUGGGCUGCUAGGCCGGUGUUCAAAGACGCAUCGGGAACUUUGGACAAAAGCUCUCGCUUCUCAGCUCUUUACAGACAGGACAGCAGCAAGCUGUCAGACGAGGACAUGUUCAAACUGCUGGCUGACUUCAGAAAACCGGAGAAAAUGGCCAAGCUCCCUGUGCUCCUGGGGAACCUGGAUGUAACCAUUGACAGCGUGGCCCCGGAUGUAACCAACUGCGUCACUUCCUCCUACGUCCCCGUGAGGACCUUCGAAGGCGCCGGGCCCGGCAGCGCUCUCCUGGAGGUGGAGGAGUUCGUGCCCUGCAUCGCCAAGUGCUCCCAGCCAUUCACCAUCUAUAAGAACCACCUCUACGUGUACCCCAAACACCUCAAAUAUGACGGACAGAAAUCCUUUGCUAAGGCGAGGAAUAUUGCAGUUUGCAUUGAGUUCAAGGAUUCGGAUUCGGAUGAGGCCCAGCCGGUGAAGUGCAUCUACGGCCAUCCAGGAGCUCCUCUCUUCACUAAGCAGGCAUACGCCACCGUCCUGCACCAUCAGCAGAACCCAGAGUUCUAUGAUGAGAUAAAGAUAGAGCUCCCUACCCAGCUGCAUGAGAAACAUCACCUUCUCUUCACCUUCUACCACGUUAGCUGUGAGAGCAACAGCAAGAAGAAAGACCUGGUGGAGGCUCCAGUGGGUUCAGCAUGGCUGCCUCUGCUGAGGGAUGGCAGAGUCAUCAUGAACGAACAGCUGCUGCCGGUGGCCGCCAAUCUGCCCACCGGGUACCUUGGUUCUCAAGAUGGUAUCAAUAAGCACUCUGGCUCGGAGAUCAAAUGGGUCGACGGAGGAAAACCUCUGUUCAGAGUCUCAACUCAUCUCGUCUCCACGGUUUACACUCAGGAUCAGCACUUGCACAACUUUUUCCACCACUGUCAAAUUAUGGAGACGUCAGAACAAGCUUCAGAGGGGGAGCUGGUUAAAUACCUGAAGAGUCUCCAUGCGAUGGAGGGUCAUGUGAUGGUCAACUUUCUGCCCACCAUCCUCAACCAGCUGUUCUGCGUCCUAACCAGAGCCACACACGAGGAUGUGGCUGUCAACGUGACCAGGGUGAUGGUUCAUGUUGUGGCCCAGUGCCACGAAGAGGGGCUUGAACAUUAUUUGAGAUCUUAUAUCAAGUAUGUGUUCAAGCCGGAUGCUUAUUCCUCAACCGAUGUAAAAACAGUUCACGAGGAGCUAGCUAAAGCCAUGACGGCCAUUCUCAAGCCGUCCACAGACUUCCUAACCAGCAACAAGCUGCUAAAGUAUUCAUGGUACUUCUUUGAAGCUCUGGUGAAAUCAAUGGCUCAUUAUCUCAUCGAGAGCGGGAAGGUCAAGCUCUCCAGGAACCUGCGUUUCUCGGCUUCCUUUCACCAUGCAGCGGAGACUCUCGUGAAUAUGCUGAUGCCACACAUCACCCAGAAAUACAAGGAUAACCUGGAUGCAGCUCGCAAUGCCAAUCACAGCCUGGCCGUUUUCAUCAAGCGCUGCUUCACUUUCAUGGACAGAGGCUUCAUAUUCAAGCAGAUCAAUAACUACAUGAAUUGCUUUAUGCCUGGAGACCCCAAGACUUUGUAUGAAUUCAAGUUUGAGUUCCUUCGCGUUGUUUGCAACCAUGAGCACUAUGUCCCUCUUAAUCUUCCCAUGCCCUUUGGAAAAGGCAGAAUUCAAAGGUUCCAAGAUCUUCAGCUGGACUAUUCUCUGACUGACGACUUCUGUCAAAACCACUUCCUGGUGGGGUUGCUGCUGAGGGAGGCGGGUGGCGCUCUUCAGGAGUUUCGAGAGAUCCGUCAGAUCGCCAUCCAGGUGCUCAAGGGCCUGAUGAUCAAACACACUUUCGACGACCGCUAUGCAGCAAAAAGCCAGCAGGCCAGACUCGCCACCCUCUACCUCCCUCUGUUUGGUCUGCUCCAGGAGAAUGUGUACAGACUUGACUUGAAGGAGUCCGCCCCCUUCAGCAACCACAAUAAUGCCAGGGAAGACUCUCUGGUACCCAACUUCAUGGUGACCCCCCAGAAACCUGGGAGCUGCAUAGAAAAUGCUCUCCACAAAGACGUGUUUGGAGUCAUCUCUGGAACAGCCUCCCCUCACAGCUCCACUCCCAACAUCAGCUCAGUGCAGCAUGCAGACUCCAGAGGCUCUCUGGUCUCCACCGACUCUGGAAACAGCCUGCUGGACAAGAGCAGUGACAAGACCAACUCCCUGGAGAAGUCCCAGUGCGCCUCGGCUCUGGGCAGCGCCGUGCUGCGCUGCAACAAACUGGACCGGGACGAGAUCAAAAACGUGCUCAUGUGCUUCCUGCACAUCCUCAAGAGCAUGUCAGAGGAGGCUCUUUUUGCAUACUGGAACAAAGCCGCUCCGUCCGAACUGACGGACUUCUUCACAUUGAUAGAAGUCUGCCUCUAUCAGUUCAGAUACAUGGGGAAGAGAUUCAUCGUCAGGAGCCAGGAGGGGGCGGGGCCUGUCGCCCCCGACAGGAAGUCUCUGACUCUACCCGUGUCUCGUAACAGGGCUGGGAUCUUGCACGCCCGCCUUCAGCAGCUGGGGACUCUGGAGAACGCUCACACCUUCAACAACAUGUACUCGCACACGGACGCAGACGUGAGCAGCCAGUGCCUGCUGGAGGCCAACGUGUCCACCGAGGUCUGUCUGACGGUGCUGGACACGCUCAGCAUCUUCAUCAUGGGCUUCAAGACGCAGCUGCAUUCGGACCUCGGUCACAACCCCCUGAUGAAGAAAGUGUUCCAGGUGCACCUGUGCUUCCUGCAGAUCCCUCAGUCCGAGGCCGCCCUCAAACAGGUCUUCACCUCCCUGAGGAACUUCAUCUACAAGUUCCCCUGCACCUUCUUCGAUGGCCGGGCCGACAUGUGCGCCUCUCUGUGCUAUGAAAUCCUCAAGUGCUGCAACUCCAAGCUGAGCUCCAUCCGCAGCGACGCCGCCCAUCUCCUCUACUUCCUCAUGAAAAGCAACUUUGACUACACGGGACGCAAGUCCUUCGUCCGAACACACCUGCAGGUGGUCAUCGCCGUCAGUCAGCUGAUUGCCGAUGUCAUCGGCAUCGGGGGGACCCGUUUCCAGCAGUCGCUCUCCAUCAUCAACAACUGUGCCAACAGUGACAAGAGCAUCAAGCACACAGCAUUUCCGUCCGACGUGAAGGACCUGACCAAGCGCAUCAGGACGGUGCUGAUGGCCACGGAGCAGAUGAAGGAGCACGAGAACGACCCCGAGAUGCUGGUGGACCUCCAGUACAGCUUGGCCAAGUCCUACACCAGCACGCCCGAGCUACGCAAGACCUGGCUGGACAGCAUGGCCCGCAUCCACAACAAGAACGGAGAUUUCUCAGAGGCCGCCAUGUGCUACGUGCACGUUGCUGCCCUGGUAGCGGAGUACCUGUGGAGGAAAGGCAUGUUCAGGCAGGGCUGCUCGGCCUUCCGCGUCACCACCCCCAACAUCGACGAGGAGGCGGCCAUGAUGGAGGACGUCGGGAUGCAGGACGUCCACUUCAACGAGGAGGUGCUGAUGGAGCUGUUGGAGGAGUGCGCUGACGGCCUCUGGAAGGCGGAGCGUUACGAGCUCAUCGCUGACGUCUACAGGCUCAUCAUCCCCAUCUACGAGCAGCGCCGGGACUUUGAGAAACUGACUCACCUGUAUGAUACCCUCCACCGUGCCUACACUAAAGUGAUGGAGGUGAUGCACUCUGGCAAAAGACUGCUGGGCACCUACUUCAGAGUGGCCUUUUUUGGACAGGGCUUCUUUGAGGAUGAAGACGGAAAGGAGUACAUCUACAAGGAGCCCAAGUUCACCCCGCUGUCUGAGAUCUCCCAGAGGCUCCUGAAGCUCUACUCCGACAAGUUCGGUCAGGAGAACGUGAAGAUCAUCCAGGACUCGAGCAAGGUGAACCCGAAGGACCUGGACUCCAAGUACGCCUACAUCCAGGUGACCCACGUCACGGCCCACCUGGACGACAAGGAGCUGGAGGACAGGAAGAGCGACUUCGAGAAGAGCCACAACAUCCGGCGCUUCGUCUUCGAGACGCCGUUCACCGUGUCGGGCAAGAAGCAGGGCGGCGUGGAUGAGCAGUGCAAGCGGAGGACCGUCCUCACCACCACCCACUGUUUCCCGUACGUGAAGAAGCGCAUCGCCGUCAUGUACCAGCACCAGACCGACCUGAGCCCCAUCGAGGUGGCCAUCGACGAGAUGAGCGCCAAGGUGGGCGAGCUGCGACUGCUGUGCUCGGCCCCCGAGGUGGACAUGAUCCGCCUGCAGCUCAAGCUGCAAGGCAGCAUCAGUGUACAGGUCAACGCCGGUCCACUUGCGUACGCCAGAGCCUUCCUCGACGACGAUAGUGCCAAGAAGAAUCCUGACAACAAGGUCAAACAGCUGAAAGAGGUGUUCAGGCAGUUCGUGGACGCCUGCGGUCAGGCGCUGGGCGUGAACGAGCGUCUGAUCAAAGAGGACCAGCAGGAGUACCAGGACGAGAUGAAGGCCAACUACAGGGACCUGACCCGGGAGCUGUCCAACAUCAUGCACGAGCAGAUAAACCCAGUGGAAGACGGCACCAGGAGCUCUCUGUCCGACUCCGUGGGCAUCUUCAACGCCAUCAGCGGCACGCCAACCAGUGCCAACCCGCACGGCUCCACCACCGUACUCUGAUCCAGAUGUUUCACACCGGACUCUCGCCUCUCUACGACCGAUCACCUCCAUGUCACUCAAGAGAAAGGCCACUCGGUACAACCUGAAGCCAUCAUCCAUCAUGUUCUUUUCAUCCUGGGAAACGUGAUGUUCACUUCCUGUUAUCAGUCGGCCCGUUGCUCUUGUUUCCUAUGGAGACGCCAGUCACAACUCUUGACUUGCGAACGGUAAUACUAUCGACUUAUUGACAGUUUGGGUCAUGGUGUAUAGUUUGUUUUAUCCCCCGGGUGAAGCACAGCAAGGGUGUAUCCAAUACUGAGGUUGAUAACAUGAUGCUAUCUUCAACGUCCUGGCGUCUUAAGCUCCACCCGAGGGAUGUGAGAACACGAGGGACUUCAGGAUUUGCAUCGCCCCGGGUUUAGGAUCCUCUCUUUUUCGCCGGAGCGUUCCCUUCCUCUACCGUGUUCGUAACGGAGCGCUUCAGGGGAGCGUUUAGUGGAAACGCCACUGCUGUAAACGUCCGUACGGACGCACCGUAUUUUUACAUUUCCCUUUUUCUAUUCUUUUCAGUUGCGCCGCCGUGACAGCAGAUGCAUCAGAGUUUAUCUUUCACUUUACCGUGGACAUUUUAAAGAAUCAUUCGCUCUAUUUUCGGCCAAUGGACGUGUAUAGGAACUGUCUCAAGCCAAGAGAACCGUGACGUUUUCACCUUUUUUUCUUUCUGUUUUCCCUGUCAAGAAAAGCGUGUGCAAAAAAUGUUGUAUUGUUACCGUGGCUACCUGCUGCACAGAAAACCACUCUUGCCAAAGACAUCAGAAAAAAAGACUUUUCAAGGCGGGACGAAGGUGUGAACAUUUGUAAACCCCCUCCCUCCCCCCUUUGUUUCUUUUUCUGUUCAUUAUCCCUGAAAUAAGGUUUAAAAAAACAUUUUUACUUAAUGACUGCUCAUGUACAUAUGCUUAAGUCUUUAAAUAUAUAAAAGAAAACUGUAAUAAUG